AUGUCAACACAACAACCACCCCAACAGCUCACAGCAUCCCAAAUCAAAGAACAAGAAAUGUACGCCCAAAGAAAUCGCGACUUCGAAAAAUUCAAAACAUACACAGCAUACACCUUCCUACUCGCCACACCAGUCCUAAUAGCCCUCCCACCCCGAAAACUAGACCACCUCACCGUCCUGUUGACCGGCGCAUUCGCAAUCUCCGCAAACCACCUAACCCGCGAAAAGACAGGAAGGAGCAUAGUCGAGCGGAUCGAAGCAAAAAUAGCUCGUCCCUCAAUGCUGAGACAAUUACCUUCUGAUCGGGCUGAAGAGGUUCAGGGACGGCUUCGCGCAGCGCGGGAGGCACAGUUACGGGAGGGCGGAAUGCCGGCUGAUGAGAUUGAGAAGUGGAAAGGGUUGCAGAGGAAGCAGGAGCAGGGCGUUGUUGAUAGGGUCUGGAUGGGGGGUGAGGAGAAGGGGUGGAUGGAGAGAAGGUUGGAGGAGGAGAAGAAGGCUCUAGAGGAGGGGAAGGGGUAUGGGGAUUUGAUUUAUGAGUAUAUUUGGGAUGUUUGGAGUUGGGGGAAGAAGGAUGAGGAAGAUGAUGAGUAG